AUGGUUCUAACAAUUUUUUGGCAAAUGGAUGUGGUGGUUAUCGAGGCAUUUACCCUGUUCCCAGUUUAUGUUAUGCUUUUAAUGGAUAUUUUUAAAAAUCGAAAAAAGCAAAAAGUCUUCAAAACCCCGUAUUAUACAUUGGUUUUGUCGCAGGGUCUCGCUGACGUCCUCAUCAUCCUCACAAUUUUCAAUCUUCUCAUCGCUCGAUAUUUCGGAAUCGGAAAUAAAUUAUUAUACUACAUUCAAGGUUAUGGAGUCGCUUGGUUUCAUUCAAAUACCGGACCUCUAAUGUUCAUUGUCAGAAUCUCAUAG